AUGUCGCAUUUCGUGCCUGCCAUGUUCAGGCCCAAGCCGAUUCACUGCGAGUCGGCUCCCCCGUCAGAACAGCAACAACAAGCCAUCCCGGCAAAUGCACAGCCCGCCAACGGCAAUGGACAGCACGGCGUCUACUGGAUUCCACACUUGCCCGGCGAGGGCCGCUUUGUGGUCAACGCAAAGCUCUACUCGCGCCAAGAUGCCGACCCUUCGUUCCAAGAGCACAUGGAGAAAUUCCGUCGCGAGGUGGCUGCGUCGUCGCCUGGCAUGCUCACGUACAAGACCUCGGUGGUGCGCGGCGCAACCGACACAGAGAACCUCAUCUGCCACGACCUGCACAUCUCCGACGAUUUGGAACCGCAUCCGCUCCCCUCAGACAAGGAAGCGCGCGAAGAGGUCGCAGCUGCGCGGCUCAAGGAAAUUCAGCAGGAGAAGAGGGAAAAGCCUGUCAAGAGCGCACUGGCAGAAGUUGGCAAGUCGGCCUACAACUUUGGUCUGGGUGGUAUCGCCGGUUCGAUCGGCGCUACGAUUGUCUACCCUAUCGAUCUGGUCAAAACACGCAUGCAGAACCAGCGCUCUGCCGUAGUGGGCGAGCCGCUCAUGUACAAGAACUCGUUAGACUGCGUCAAAAAGGUGUUCCGCAACGAAGGCCUGCGCGGCUUCUACUCGGGCCUCGGCCCUCAGCUGCUCGGUGUAGCUCCUGAAAAGGCCAUCAAGCUCACGGUCAACGACCUGGUGCGUGGUCACGCCAAGGACCCCAUCACGGGCAACAUUACGCUGCCCUGGGAGCUGAUCGCCGGUGGUGCCGCUGGUGGUUGCCAGGUGGUCUUCACCAACCCGCUCGAGAUCGUCAAAAUUCGUCUCCAAGUUGCCGGAGAGAUCGCCAAAUCGGAAGGAGCUGACCGCGUAGCUCGAGGCGCCGUGCACAUUGUGCGCCAGCUCGGUUUGGUGGGUCUGUACAAGGGUGCCUCGGCGUGUUUGCUGCGAGACAUUCCCUUCUCGGCAAUCUACUUCCCCGCAUACGCUCAUUUGAAGAAGGACACGUUCCACGAGGGCAGGGAAGGCAAGAAGCUCGGAUUCGGCGAGAUGCUGGCAUCAGCUGCCAUCGCGGGCAUGCCUGCGGCGUUCCUGACCACACCUGCGGAUGUGAUCAAGACGCGUCUGCAGGUCGAGGCGCGCAAGGGACAGGCGACCUACAAGGGCAUCGUCGACUGCGCCACCAAGAUCAUGGCCGAAGAAGGUCCCCGGGCGUUCUUCAAGGGAUCGCUGGCGCGUGUGCUGCGAUCGUCCCCUCAGUUUGGCGCGACGCUGGUGGCGUACGAGUAUCUGCAAAAGUUCUUGCCGUAUCCGUACGAGGAGACCGAGGUGGCUGACAUCCUCCGCGACGGCGUGCCAGGCGAAGACCCUUCGCGUACGCACGCCCGCCGUGCGCUACAGCUGCUCAUCGAGAUGCACGAAGACUUUGGCCGUCCUCCUUCCAACGCCACUGCCACUGCCACUGCUGCUGCUGCAAAGUGA